AUGGCUCUUGAGGCAUCGAUUUCAAAUUUAACAACAAUUUCUGAUUUAAUUAGUGAAUUUGGCACAAGAUUAGCUGAAGCUGAAUUCAAAUUUGAACCUCUUCAACAGGCCCAUUCAAAUUUUUGCUUUUGCUCUGAAGAUACAACUGGUGUUAUUCGUAAAAUUGAGUAUGAUUCUUCAACAAAUUCAUUCAUAGGAUUCUCAACUCCAAUUACUGACGGCAUUCCAUCGGUACGACACUUUCAAGCCAAUGCAUUUGAAGAUUUAAAAAUGCUUUAUGAUACAAACGAAAUGGCACGACUGCUAAAUGUACAUAUGUUUCAACGUAUACCAACAGAAGACAAUCCGAAGAUAUUUCCUAAACCAUGUCUACUGUCAGCUUAUGGUACCGAUAACAGAUUUACGUCUAUAGACAUCUUACGUCGAUGGAUCUAUAUAUUUCAAAGCUUUUUGAAUCAGGGUGUCCGUAUUAUUGGUUUUUCUACAGAUCCACCCCAUUUAAUAACCAAAUGGAGAAACAGAUUGUUAUCAUCAACAGCGAAUUUAUGCUAUGGAAAUGAUAAAAUUAGUAUAAAACAUAUAGAAAACCUGAUCGACAAUACUAAUUAUACAAAAUUAGUUCAUGGCUUAAUUAUGAGCGACAUUAACCCAAAAGAUCGUCAGAAUUAUCAUUCAUGCAUCAAAUUAAUAUCAGAUGACGUGUUAAAUCUUCUCAAAAGUGAUGCGAAUGCAAAUGGAACAUUUGCCUACCUAGCAUUACUAAAAAUGAUAAUGAAAGCGUAUGUUGAUAGAUCAACAAAUGUUCUUGAGCGUAUAUCACCCUUUUUAAAUUGA